UCCUGCUGCCAGAACAUUUGAAAGCUACUUCAGAGAAGAUGAAGAGGGGACUUACGUUUGUAAAACUGGUUAACCCAUGUUCAGGGGAAGGAGCCAUGUACUUGUUUGAUAUAUAUCUACAGAAGUUGUUUGAAAUAAAAGUUUUCAAAGAGAAAUGCCAUUCUUGGUUCAUAAACCAGUCAGUUCAGUCAGACGGUCAUCUACACUUUGCCACACCAAUGGAUCCUUUAUUUCUGGUUCUCCACUAUCUUAUAAAGGCUGAUAAAGAGGGUAAAUUCCAGCCCCUAGAUCAAGUCGUGGUGGAUGAUAUAUUUCCAAAUUGCAUCUUGUUGCUGAAACUUCCUGAACUUGAGAGGUUACUUCACCAUGUGACAGAGGAAAAAGAAAUAAACAGCAGAAAAUAUUACAAGUACAAUAAAGAGAAGACAUUGAAGUGGCUAGAAAAAAAGGUGAUGCAUACUUCAGCAGCCUUAAAAACCAAUAACAUAAAUGUUGGUGCCCGAGUACAGUCUGCCUAUUUCUCAGGUGACCAAGUAUCCAGUGAUAAGGAAGAGGAUUAUAUUCGUUAUGCCCAUGGUUUGAUAUCUGAUUACAUUCCUAAGGAAUUAAGUGAUGACUUAUCUAAAUAUCUAAAGCUUCCAGCACCUUCCGCUUUAUUGCCAAGCCCUCCAUCAAAGAAAAUAAAAUUGUCUGAUGAGCCUGUAGAAGCAAAAGAAGAUUAUACUAAGUUUAACACUAAAGAUAUGAAGACAGAAAAGAAAAAUAGCAAAAUGACUGCAGCACAGAAGGCUUUGGCUAAAGUUGACAAGAGUGGAAUGAAAAGUAUUGCUAGCUUUUUUGGUGCAAAAAACAAAAAAAAGAUUUGAAACUUUGAAAAUAACAUCUAGAAACACUUUUCUUUUGCUUUUUACAUGUUCUACUUUCUCUCAUCCUCCACACCACUGUACUUCCUGACCUUAAUGGCCACCUUUUGGAAGAUAAAGCAAAAACUGUCCACAAAUAAGCUAACACGCAAUUUUCAUAUUCACUUAAACAAUUCUUGGUAUUUUAUUUUUUUAUGUUCCUGAAUAUGCAAAAGUAAUUGUGCAAUUUUAUGGCCUGUGGCCUUUGGAGUCUUGUUUGACAUGGUGAAACAUAAUCAAGUGGAUAGAAUAAGCAGCAAAAUUCCCUCAAUAAAAUAUGACAGAAUUUCA